GGCAGUGAGAAGGCAGCCACUUGGGCCCGGGCUUUGAGCAGGCGAGUUGUAGCUCUGCAAAUGAAUGCCUGCCUGAAAGUCUUGGUUGUUCAAGAUGUACUUGAAAAUCUUUGAGAUAGGUUAUGAAAAGCUUCGGAAUUUCUCUUUCAUUGAAGUCAAAGCGAUCUCUGUCCCUUAUCCGAUCGUUGCACGGGCACCAAUACCAAAUCUACCGGCCCAAAUCCCACUCCCAAUCCUACCACCAUCACUUGGCUGUCGGAGACACGGCUACACUAGACGAACCUCUUGCUAUCGCCACAAACUGGAAGUCGUAUCUUCUCGGCACCCAAGUGCACGGCCGUGUCUUCAAGUGGGGAUUUUCAAAUGACACUUUCUCGCAGAAUAAUCUGAUUAAAAUGUAUUCAGAAUGUGGGGUUUUGAGUGACGGGCUCAAGGUGUUUGGCGAAAUGCCUAAAAGAAAUCUUGUUUCUUGGACUCUGAUUAUCUCGGGUGCAGUUCGAAACGGAGAGUUUGAGAUGUCCCUGGAGGUGUACCUGGAAAUGACGCGAGCUGGGUUGUUGCCGAAUGAGUUUGCUCUUGGCAGUGUUUUGAAGGCGAGUACUAGUAUGGGCAAUGAUGUUGAUAGGUUGAGCUUGUGCGUGCACUGUUUUGCUCUGAAAGUUGGAAUGGAGAGCAACUCGUUCGUGGGAAGUUCACUCUUGAACCUAUAUGCUAAAUGUGGGAUCAUUGAAGCAGCCGAGAGGGUGUUUGAGGAUAUGGAUUAUCAUGAUGUGGGUUGUUGGAAUGCUAUGGUUGGGGGAUAUGUACAGUGCGGCCUUGGUUUUGAGGCCAUCAGGACUUUAUCUUUGAUGAAACGUGAUGGGAAGCUUAUGGACAACAUCACCUUUAUUAAUGCUCUCAAAGGGUGCUUAGCCAUGGGUGAUCUAGAAUUUGGAAGACAAAUUCAUGGAAUAAUUGUUAAGAGUAAGAUUGAACAGAGUACUUCAUUGGUGAACGCUCUCAUGGAUACGUACUUUAAAAAUGCUAAGAAGGGUACAGCGUUCAAGCUUUUCAAUGUAAUGCAAAAGAGGGAUGCUGUCUCAUGGAAUACUGUAUUUGCAGGUUUGUCGCCAGAUGUGGAAGCACGAGAAGUUGCAACCUUGUUCAGUAAUUUCAUGCUCACAAAAAUCAAGCCCAAUCAUCUUACUUUCUCAAUCUUGUUUAGGCUAUGUAGUGACAUCCAUCAGCUCAACCUUGGACUUCAAUUCCUUUCGCUUGCUUUCCAGUUUGGAUUCUAUGGUGAAGCCCAUGUUGCAAGUUCGCUUAUUAAUAUGCUGUCUAGAUGUGGAGCAAUCAAGAUGGCACGUUUGGCAUUUGAUGGUGUACAUUUUAAAAAUAUAUAUAACUGGAAUGAAUUAAUUUCUGGUUACAAUUUGAUUUGUGACACUGAAGCCCUUAAGGUUUUCUGUCAGUUGCGGAGAUUAGGAAUUGAAGCAAAUGAGUGUACUUUCUCUUGUGCUUUGGAAGCUUGUUCUAAGACUGAAAAUCUACGAGUAGGCAGACAAAUUCAUGGAAUUAUAGUCAAAUAUGGUUUCAGCUCUCAUGGUUACAUUUGUAGCUCCUUGGUUAAAGGAUAUGUCAAACUUGGCCUUUUAGCUGAUGCUUUUAAAUUUUUAUGUGAGCUUGAGAAGUCAGACAUGGUAUUAUGGAGUACUUUGAUUUCUGCAUCAGCACACCAAGGAUUUCCCUCUGAAGCUAUCAAAUUUCUAAAUUGUCUAAAAGAAGUUGGUGGGGAACCUGAUGAGUUUAUGCUGGGCAGCAUUUUAAAUGGCUGUGCUGUAAAUGCAUCUCAUCACCAAACUAAAUCUGUGCAUUCUCUAAUUAUCAAAACAGGAUACGACACAAAUGCAUUUGUAGCUAGUGCAGUUAUAGAUGCCUAUGCUAAAUAUGGGGACAUUGAAAGUGCAAGGAUUGCUUUUGAUCACUCAUCUAAAUAUAAUGAUAUUGUUCUUUGCAAUACUAUGAUCAUGGCGUAUGCCAAUCAUGGUAUGGUUGUUGAGGCUAUGGAACUCUUUGAGAAAAUUAAGUUAGCUAAUCUAAAGCCUAGCCAAGCCACUUUUGUAUCAAUAAUGUCAGCAUGCAAUCAUACUGGUCUUGUUGAUCAAGGUCAUGCUCUGUUCAAAUCAAUGACCUUAGACUAUGGAAUGGAACCUUUGCCAGAUAAUUAUGGUUGCUUAGUGGAUUUGUUGUCAAGAAAUGGAUACCUCCAAGAUGCUAAAGAUAUAAUUGAGCAGAUGCCACUUAAACCUUGGCCUGCAAUAUGGCGAUCCUUGCUUACUGGAUGUAGAAUACAUGGGGACAGAGAGUUGGGUGAACAGGCUGCUAGGGAGUUAUUGCAGUUGGCUCCUGAAAAUGACGCAGCUUAUGUCUUCUUGUUGAGGGUUUACUUGGAGGAUGGUAACUGGGAUGAUGCUGCAAAGGUGAGGGAGCAAAUGAUGGAAAGAGGAGUCCAAAAAAGUUCAGGUUUUAGCUGGAUCGAGAUAUAAUAGGAAGCUCAUAUGCUUGGAUGUAGAAGUUCAAGACUAAGAAAGUUUUGGGAGAGCCAUCUGAAUGUCAAUUGCACUAAUUCUCAUCAUUAGUUGCAGGAUGACAAUUAUUCAGGUUGCUGAACAGAAAGACUUCACUUUUAAGGGUUGUCUGAGGGGAUGCGGCACCUGAAGAAACAAAGAAAAGUCAUUUGUUGUAUCAGGCUAGAAUGUCAGAGCAGGCCUUCUACCUCAAUGACUGAAUUUCCUGAGCUGUAGAAGUAUUUUGAUUAAGAAGACUUUACUAUGCUGUCUGGAUGUCCAAUAAAAUGCUAACAGAAAGGAACUUUACAACAGUGGCAACUCUUCUUUCUUGGCAUUAGUUUGAAGAAGGAUUACUAAAGAAUUUAGGACGAGGGAGCUUCUUUAUUCUGUUCCUACAAUGAGUUGAGGGGGUUAUUUAUCUCCAAUUUCCUGUCCAGCUGCUUUGGUUGGAAGAAAGAAGACGGCAUUAUUGCAGUAGAAGAUCCGUUAAUGGAUUUAUUUACACAAAAAUAAUUGAAUUGUUCUUUUAGUUAUGUUCUAGUUGAAGUUCCCUUGAGUAGGGUGAACGAACUUAACUGAUGUGGAAAGAAGGCAAGAAAACAUGGUAACCAUGAAAAGCAAAUCUUGAAAGGAAGGGAAACGAAGAGAAAACACUCUUGUUGAAAGGAAUAGAUGCAAAAGUGAAACUCCCUCACCCACCUUCCAAGAACUGAGGCUAGUGUCUGGAUGUG